AUGAAACUUGCAAUCCAAUCCGGGUCAUUCGAGGAGCAAAGUGCAAGUCACAGUUUGCUCCCAAGUCAGGGUAUGAGCCGGUUUUCACCUCGCAAUCUCAAAGCCGGCUGCAACACAACUAGAUAUCGCUAUGACGGGCUUUAUAUUGUGACCAAGGCACAGUGUGUUAUUGGCAUAAAGGAACACAAAAUUUGUCAAGUGGUCCUUGAGAGGAUUCCAGGUCAGCAACCUCUUUCAGAAGACCCUGAAUAUGUCUCCCUGUGGAACUUGGUCAAUGCUAAGAGUGGCAAAGCAAAGGAAUCAUCUUCAUCCUCCUUUAUGGAAACAGGAAAGGUAGCAGGCACAACCCAGGGCUUCUAUCCAAUUGUAUCUGGUGCCAAGUUGGAGGAGCUGUUUUCUGGUGCCAGCACUCAAAAACGGCCCUUGGAAUUAUCCUAUGAAACCUCUGCUCCUGUGCUCAAGAAGACUAGAGUUGACACUGAAGCCCCUGUGCCAACUCUUGAAGGAAGGAAGAAACAGAUGGCAGGCUAUGCAAGGCUGCCCAAGGGAGUUAUUCAUUCUCCAAGAAGCUCUGAGCCAAUGGUGUAUAUUGUGCUUUCAGUUAUCUGUCUUUCUAUGUUCUGCAAGAAGUAUCCUGAUCCUGGAUCAGAUUUUUAA